AUGGAACAAAGUACACAAAUCCAGGACUCGAUUGACUUAGACAGUAGAUCUCCAGUACGAUAUCUCGCUACUAUGGAUAUAGCAAGUCCCAACAACUUAUCUAAAGUCAUACGUUUGACCUCGGCUCUCAAAAGUACUGUAAUGUACGCAAUACUUGUGCUAGUCUUAUACUAUGGUACUCUCGCUAUAUACAACAUAUACUUCCACCCGCUUCGAAAGUUUCCAGGCCCCAGAUUGAGAGCUGCGUCGGACUGGCCGUAUGUUGUUUCCCUCCUGCGAGGCACCUCACCGCAGGAGAUGCUGGAGAUGCACAAGAAAUAUGGCCGAGUAGUGCGCGUAGCGCCCAACGAACUCACCUUUGUUAGUCCUGCAGCCUGGACAGAGAUUUAUGGGCAGAAAAGACGCGGUCAGGAGGAGCUCGUCAAGGAUAAGAAGUAUUAUUCAGGAAUGGGCGAACCGACACUACUUCAUUCAAACCAAGAGCAGCAUGCUCAUCUCCGGAAACUGCUAGCGCAUGGUUUCUCCAAUUCUUCGUUGCAAAAGCAGGAAGCUGUGAUUCAGAAGUAUCUCGAUGUCUUGAUGAAUACCCUCAGACACCAGUGUCAAGAUGGGCAGUCUGUUGUGGACCUCAAAGACUGGGUCAAUUUUUUUGUGUUUGAUGUGAUUGCAUAUUUGACAUACGGACAGUCUUUCAAUUGUCUAGAGACGCGCAACGUGCACUCGUGGAUUGAGCUAGUCCCUAAGCUUGCCAAAUUCAUGGCUCUUAUGCAAGCAGCACAGCGCCUACCAAUCUUCAUAAAACCUCUAUUCUUGCUUUACGGUAUCAGUACAAAUCUGCGGUCCAAUGUGCGAACCAUUCAAGCAAUCAGCAAGGUACAUAACUUCAAAUCUUUGUACAGGAAGCUGUAUCGCUAA